AUGUCACAGUUCGAAGUUCCUGACAGAGGUCGUGCAUGGCUUAUUGCGUUUUCUGCCUGUUUCAUCAAUAUGAUUUUAUCUGGUGUAGGAAGGGCGAUAGGUAUUUUGUAUGUGGUCAUCAUCGCAGACUAUGGAGUAUCAAGGAAAACAGCAACUUUGCCUUUUAUAAUUCGAAAUAUAGUUAGAUGUUUAUCAGGACCUUUUGUUGGUGUGAUGGGUCAGCGGUAUGGUGCUCAAGUUGUGACAUUUUCGGGCGGCGUCAUCGCAUCUAUUGGAGCAGCCCUAUGUUUCUUUGCUCCGAAUAUCGCCUGCCUGACUGUCUUCUGGGGAGGAAUUCACGGUCUUGGUUUCGCGAUGGGGAAUACCCUGUUCCAAGUGGUGGUCAAUCAAUAUUUUGACAAGCAUCGGGCCACCGCAUCUGGCAUUGCUCAGUCCGGAGGUUGCUUCGGCAGUUUACUCUUUCCCUUCCUGCUCGAAGAAAUAUUAGAUACGUAUGGUCUCUCUGGUGCGUUUCUCAUUCUGGCUGGAGUCAUCAUGCACGUACUACCGUCGUCUCUGCUGCUCAAAGCUCCUCCAUGGGUGGAAGAUUCGGAAAGAUAUGCCAAACAAAAAUACUAUUAUGAACUUUCAAGCGGCAUGAGAAGGGAGACGUUGUAUCGAGAUGAGAUCCAAAACUUGAACCAUUUUCGUCAUGACGAGACAGCUCGAAAAAGCUCAGACGAAGAAGAAUGUUUUAAAAUAAAACAGAAUCUUCAGAAAAUUGUUGUUUCUCCUCCCCUUGAUGAUUCUGCGAUUGCUUUCAAGAAAACCACUGAUGGUUCCUGUCCUGAAAAUGUGCUCUCUUUGCAAAGCAAACCAAAGAUUGAACAGAAACAGACAAAGCUAUUGAGCAUUAUGGGAAGUAUAAUGUCUUUAUGCACAAACCCACUGUACGUGCUAACUUGCUUCAGUAUGGCAGUUUAUGUUGUAAUUUUAUCACCAAUCAUAACGUGUAUGGUUGAUUACGGUAUGGACAAAGGCAUGCAAGAAUCGCAGGGAAAGUAUUUAAUUACUGGCAUGUCUUUCGGAGAUUUGGUAGGACGACUUUGUUUUGGUUGGAUCACUGACAAAGGCCUCAUGAGCAAACCUGCAUUCAUGACAUGGACUCUCAUGCUACAAGGAGUCGUCAUUGUUUUAUUUCCAUUCUCAAGUGCUUUUUAUACAUACUUGACGCUGUUAACCCUGUAUGGAGCCAUUUCUGGCAGCUAUGUGAUACUCUUUCCUGUCCUGGUGCACAAAUUUGUGGAUGAAGAGCUGCAAUCUGUAGCCAUUGGAUGCCUGGGGUUCGUCCCCGGCAUACUGUCUCUUGGCAUUCCUUCUUUGAUCGGUUACUUUAGGGAUUACAUUGGAUCUUAUGAUGGUUUAUUUUAUCUGACAGGUGCACUCUCCAUCAGUUUUGGAGCUAUGUGGUUCUUAGAACCUCAAAUAAACAAGAUAGGUCCAAGCAAGGACUGAGGUUUUCGUCACAACCCCUAAGUGAACUAUGAAAAACUUUUUCUCCAAAAUUUAACAUUUGACAGUUCGAUACUGAAAAAUGGGUGGAAAAUACUCCCCCAUAACACAACAUAUAUGAGUUCCUAUUUUCUGCUUUUAUUCAAAGCUCACCUUCAGAGAAGCUGCUUAUCCUCCAAUGGUGUAAUAGCUACUUCGGAAACGUGUACUCGGCAUCUCUACCAGUAGAAAAAUCAUUGCACAAUACUUCCCUUUUUGCGGUGUUUUAUGAUUUCGGUGUCAUAUAUUCUGUGUAAGUCAUUAAGUACAUUUGUUUCAGAAUCAUGACCUUGCUCUCAUUAUUUUUGCUGUUUUAUUUUAUCAUUUAAACUUUGCACAAUUUUUCAGAAAUCUACUGAGACUAUAAGGUUAUUUUUUGAAAAUAUUAUAUUCUCGUAAAAUUAUAGCACCAGUACACACACGUGUAUAAAUAUGUUUAUAAGAGAAUGUUUUGAACGUACUAAGAACGAAAAAACAUUUCACUCGAUAAAAUAAAUUUUUCAACACAUAAUUUUUUUUCUGAAAUAUUACUACACAUAAAGUAAAACAAAAAAAUAUUCAAAAUUAAUAAUAUUUAUAGUGCUAAUUUUAUAUUUCAAUAGAGAACGUUGGAACGCAUUUUCUUUGAAUCUAAUUAACAAAGAAUUAAGUUCUUACUUUAAUUAUGAAUAUUAGGAAAAUUAGGAGCAAUAAUUGGAAAAUUUAAUUUUUUGUUCAA